UUUGUUUUCUUGCAUUGAGCAGCUGUUCUGUUUCAAUUGAGUCAUUUCCAAGUUGUUAAAACAUCAAUCUGUUCCCAAAAUGGGUGGUGAAGUACAAGGAUAGGCUGAACCGGCCUCCUAUAAUGACGAUGUGACUCAAGCAUUAGUUUAACAAACCUAGGAAGUUUAACUGAGCUUCUCACUGAGCUACGUUUCGUAACUCCCCAGUUGUGUCUCCUCAAACAUUGAAAGUCAGUUUGAACGUUUGUAGAUGUGUGGUUCUGCAGAGAGUCAGCUUUCAAUUGUACUUCCUGAUCACCAGCACUGGAAAACCUGAAUUAUAAUCUAGGUGUGAAAUAAUAAUACUUGCAUUUGAAAUGGGCCAAAACCCGUCACAGGAAGUGGUCCCCGAGAGUAAGUCUGAUAACAUUUGUGAGAUUUUCAACCAGGGUGUUGUCUACGCGUCUCAGCAACUGAAAAAAUACCUGGGAUUUGAAGAUCCUCAGGGGAAACUGCAAGUCAGUAUUAACACUUUAAACGAGAUUUUCCUGGUGAAUUUCAUAAUGUUUUCCCUGGAGAAAGGGGUCCAAGAUCGUAUAACCACCUCCAAGAUGACAACUCAGCAGUCGCUGCUGUUGGGUGUGGAUUGGAUCUGGACAAUCCAUGGAUCAGAGAAGAGUGUCAAGUUGCAAAUUGCGGUUCAGACCUUACAGAUGGCGGAUCAAAACCACAGUGAAAUUGACCAGAAUGUGGUCCUUUGCAGCAACAGUGAGGAAGACAAGUUAGCAGACCAGAGCAGGUCUGAAAAGCUGGUCGAUUUUUGUUCGCGCGUUGGUGAGGACUGUGUGGGGAUAUUUAUUGUGUUUGGAGUCCGUGGAACACCGAGAGAAGUCAGAGGAGUGCUCCUGGACAGUGUCAGGAAUGGCACCAUCAUUGACCAUGAGUUAAAACAGUUUAUUGCUCAGACGGACAGUUUUAUUUGUACCAGAGAAUUGUUGGAGACCUGCCUCUCUAAGACAAACAGACUCAAAAGUAUAGAAAAUGCUUAUAUAAAUUUUCAUUGAUUAUAUUCAGUUUAAUCAUACUUCCAGAAUAGCUGGUCGGGUUUUUGUUUGGGGGGAGAGGGGAGAUGUAUUAAGUCAUUGUCAGCCUUUCACCUGAACUGCUUCAUAAAUCUUUUAUGCAGUUUCACUCAAGUGGCAUCCACCUAUUUAACAUGAAAUGUGUUCCUGCAUUGCUUGUUGUCCUUAAAUGCUUACAGAACAAGGAAUCUUGUUUUGGUGGGUCAGUUUAAUUUCUGCACCUGUUAUUCUGGAAAUAUUGCAAUUCUGGGGUGUUUCAUACUCAACUGGAGCAUACUCGAUCUUGGCAUUGCAAGAGCCUUUUAUUCUCUUGGUUCAUAAAGUCAUGGAUCUGUGUGGUGUUAAUGGAAGGGUCCAUCCAAUUAUGAGCGAACUACAACAAUAACUUGCACUUGUUCAAUGCCUUUUACUUUUACUAGGUCUGCCAACCUGGCAUUAUUAUUAUUAUUAUUAUUAUCCCCUCGCUCAACAGACACCAUCCAGCUUUACAGCCCCUGCCCCACCAUCAGUGGUUAGGCUUUGCAUUCUGCCCCUACUCCCUGGAAUUCCAUCUCAUUCCCUCUGCGUUCCCUUGUCUCCUUAAAGGUCUGCCUCAAGACCUUCCUCUUUGAUUGCACUUUCGACCGUCUUCUCCCCACUCCUAGCUCUGCACUGUCUGGAGUCUUGGGACAUUUCCUGCCAUGAAAGGUGCUAUAUUAAGGUAACUUGGUUCCAGUUUUAGAAAUUAUUGCUGUGCAUUGGUUAUAAAACGGUGGUGUGUACCUCUUCACUGAUACUUGAAAUAAAAUCUACCAUUUUAAGCAACACUGUUAUUCUUUAUUAUGUCAAUAGCUUUCAAAAUAAAUAUAUUAUUAACAUAAAAUGGAACAUUUAGCAUUGAAAAUGCUGCCUACACAGGCUAAAUGUUUAUGAUUAACUUAUGGAAAUAUAUUUACCUUAAUAUGUUUUAAAAUAUAUCAAUGAACAUCUGGCAAGCUGCUGAACUAGAUGUACCACACCUUCAGAAGGCAAGCACUGGGUCAUGGUGAAUGGCUGUGUGUCAUCUAAUCUCAUCUCAAUAUUAACACAAGGCUGAUUCAGGGAAAGGAUCUUUGUCAAACACAGUAUCAUAUCGUUAAUGUUCCACUAGAUGUUGUCAAAAAAUGAUAACUCCUUUCCAAUAUUACCUUGUGGCAACAUCAUUUAAUACUUAAUUCAUGUAUUCAAAUUAACUAAAAUCAAACUUGAAUGGCAAUAUUGUUUGUAAAAAUUAUAUUCCUAAUCGUCCACAAAUCAGCUUGAGAAACAAUUAAAUUAACUAUUUAAUUUUGCAGCAAAAUAGAAAUCUUAUUAUGAAAAAAAUGAGCAAUGUGUGUGUCAUGUAAAUUAA